GAAGUAGUUGUUUUAUUCUGAAGCAAAGUGAGGCGUGCAAGUGGGGGAUUCGCCGAAGCGGAGACGCAUGUGCCAUGUCAUCGUUUGUCACGUGACAACACUCAGCUUCGCACACCUGGCGAAGGCUGGCUGAGGGCAAUCGGGGUAAAUUCCUCGUUCGCGAGGGGCAAUUGCAGAACCUCAUUUAUUCGGACUGUCAUCCCGCGUUGGUGGCACUCGCACUACAACACAAGCGGGUGAAAAGCGGCACGCACACGCUCUCUCCCUCCCCUUCUUUCUCUCUGAUUCAAUCUGUUGAGAACCAGAAGAAAGAAAGAUGAAUCGCUACAACGAUCCGAACCCGUUUGAUGAGGAAGAGGUCAAUCCAUUCUCGAAAGGUGCCGCUGCUUCUGCGUUAGGAUCACGAGUUCCUCCAUCUGAACCUGUGGGCUUAGGCCAUAAACAUGAUGCAACUGUGGACAUUCCACUGGAUACAAUGAAUGAUACUAAGAAGAAAGAGAAAGAACUUGCAGCCUGGGAAGCAGACUUGAAAAGGAGGGAGAAGGACAUAAAACGAAGAGAAGAUGCUGUUGGCCAAGCUGGCAUUCCCUCAGAUGAUAAGAACUGGCCACCAUUUUUUCCAGUUAUUCAUCAUGAUAUUGCUAAUGAGAUACCAGUUCAUGCUCAAAGAUUGCAGUAUUUGGCUUUUGCAAGUUGGUUAGGUAUAGUGCUUUGUCUUGUAUUCAAUGUUAUUGCGGUGACUGUCUGCUGGAUCAGAGGCGGAGGAGUGAAGAUCUUUUUCCUUGCUGUAAUCUAUACUUUACUUGGAUGCCCCCUUUCAUACGUUCUUUGGUACAGGCCUCUUUAUCGUGCGAUGAGGACAGAUAGUGCGUUGAAGUUUGGUUGGUUUUUCUUGUUCUACUUGCUUCACAUUGGUUUUUGUAUAUUUGCGGCCAUUGCUCCUCCAAUCGUCUUUCAUGGGAAGUCAUUGACGGGCAUCCUUCCGGCAGUUGAUGUCUUCUCCGACCAUGUGUUGGUGGGGAUUUUUUACUUGGUUGGCUUUGGCUUAUUUUGCUUAGAGUCACUUCUAAGCUUGUGGGUGCUGCAGAAAAUUUACUUGUAUUUUAGAGGGCACAAAUGAGACCGUGAUCAAGAGGCUGUAAACCAUCGGAGAUUAUUUGUUUCUUCUUUUUUCUGGAGGUGCCCCGAGUAUAUUCCUCACCCCCUCCUCCUUCCACCAUGUUUGUCGUAUCUUUUGUUGUGACGUUUGCUGGGUCGAUUCAAGAUGUUAGAAUGCCAAAUUGAUCAGUUCGAUAGUCUUUUCAUGUUUAUCGACCAUUUCCCCAUAUAUAUAUAUAUAGUUGAUUUCAUUA